AUGAAACCAUCAUGGAGAUGUCAUCCGUAUUUUCUUGGAUUAGUCAUAGGUCUAUGGCUUAUAGUUCUUCCCAACAGGACUACAGCAUGUCCCAAACUCUGUGCCUGCUAUGUACCGGCAGAAGUUCACUGCACUUUUAGAUAUCUCACCGUGAUCCCCAAACCGAUCCAAGCACACGUCGUACGCAUUAAUUUUGGGUAUGUUAGAUUAAAAAAUAAAAAAUACUUAAUGUUUCAAUUUAAACUAUCUGCAUUGACUAAAUUUACAAUUCACAUAUCCUUCAUGUUUUGAUUUACUUAAUUCUAUAUUUCUUUCUUUAAAAAUUCCAACAACUGGUAGCAGUGGGAAUAAAUAUAGACUGGAAACAAAUAAUGUUUGUAUACUGGACAGAACAGCCUACACUGCUCUAGAAAUAACUUUCCGUACAUGUUGGAAUAUUAUAAAGGAGAGUGAGUUUGUGAUGUAAAGUACCUCCCACAUAGUUAGACCACUGUGUACACAUUUUAUACAAUGAUCUGCAAACUGCAUGUGUUAGUACAUGAUGGUGUACACAUAUGAUUAGCCUCUAUGAUAAUCUAUGUCAUGAUGUCCCUAGCAGGUUUGGAAAGGGAUUAACAUUUUCAUGUUAAGCAGUGACGUUAUUUACUGGGACAUUCUGCAGAAUACAACUGGGCCUUUGCUUAAAUUACGUGGAUUGCAACGGUCUUCCGGGAUAGAAUUUGUUGGUUAUGCAUCAAAAAGAGACACUGGCAGAUUGUGAAGAAGCAUAUUAGGCUUUACUUGUGUGUAUAAACAGCAAACAUUUAUAACAUAUCAGUUACUUCAAACAGCAGCCAGCAGGGUGAAUUGCAAAAGGAAGAGAGACAUAGAGUAAGUAAAAAAAACAAGAACUUCCUUCCUGUCAGUACCAAAAAGUUCAUAUCACAUAUAAGCAGUACUCUGAACUGCACAGCGCCAUCUACAGCUAAAGUGCUAAUUAUAUACAUAUUAUGCAGUACAUGCGGUCGUAUUUCCCAACACCCCUUCUCAAUGGCAUGUGCAUAAUUACGUGACAUUCAGCUUCUUUUGUAGUAAACAAUGACGCUCCUUUAGCAACGGUUUGGUGAGUGCGUCUGCAGUCAUCUCUUUUGAUGGACAAUACUGAAUGUCAAUAACUCCUUGCUCUUGCAUGUCCCUGAGCAGAUGAUGUUUUACAUCAAUAUACUUGGUUCUGGUAUUUACCCUUUCUGAUUUGGCCAAUUGUAUGCAUCCCUGAUUGUCUUCAAGGAUUGGUAUGGGUUUAGACAUGUUCAGUCCCAUAUCUAGUAGAAGUUGGCAAAUCCAAGUUGCUUCUUGACAUGCUUGUGCUGAUGCUACAUAUUCCACUUCAGUUGAAGAUAGUGCUACAGUCACUUGUUUUCGACUAGACCAGCUUGUAGUUCCUUCUCCAUGCUGGAAGAUGUAACCAUCUACAUUUCCGAUUAAUUUGGGGUUUGACAUUGCUGGCAGUCUCAGCUUUAUUCGAGUUGUUCCCUUUAGGUACUGUAUCGCUCUCUUGACUAGGUGUUGCAACUUUUCUGCAAAGUAUACCAACUGCUGCGACAACAUCUGGUCUUGUUACUGUAGCAAUGUAUAGCAAUUUUCCAAUGGUCUUGCGGUAAUUAUCAUUGUUGUGUAACACAUUUUCUGUUUCACAGUUUUUCUGAUAAUCAGGUUCCAUUGGUGUUUUCACUCCUUUUGCAUCUUGCAAAUUUUUUUACUUUGGUUGAGAAGAAAGCUUUCAUCUUCUUCCCUCUCUAUUUGAAUUUCUAGGUAGUGACUGAUGUUCCCUAACUCUUUAAUCUUAAAGUUCUGUUUCAAUUUGUGAACUAUUUGGUCAUAAUCCCCUUCUUGUUCAAAACAAAUUAUGUCGUCAACAUAAAUUAGAAUGUAUAUCCAUUUGUUUUCUUUAUUCUUUGAAAAAAUACAUUAUACCAUGCUUUAAUUCUCGAGAAUCCUUCUUUUGUGAGUAUAUCAUUCACUUUUUCAUUCCACAUUCUUGCUGCCUGUUUGAGCCCAUAGAGGCUCUUUGGAAGCUUACAUACAAGGUUUUGUCCCUUUUCAAACCCUGGUGGCUGUUCCAUAUAGAGAUCCUCCUUGAUAUCUCCAUAUAGGAAAGUGGUUUUGACAUCCAGAUGCUUCACCUGCAUUGCCUUUCUGGCUGCAAUGCUAAGGGGUGCUCUGAUGGUUGUGUGCUUUACAAGUGGAGCAUAAUCGUCUCCGAAUUUCUGGGAGUAUCCUUUGGCAACUAAUCUCGACUUGUAUAUUUCCUUCUGCAUCAUAUUUCACUUUGAAAGUCUAUUUGCUUCCUAUAGUUUUGUGAUCGGAGGGGGAGCAUAGUGAGGGACCAGGUUUGGUUUUAAUGAAGUGAUUUUAUUUCUUCUUCCACUGAUUGGCUUCCCUUUUUGGGCAAUUUUUAUAUGUCUUUCCAGGAUGUGGGUUCCUGUAUUCCAUAUGUCUAAGCAGUGUAAGACAGCCUGCAGGGUGGUAUUCCUUUUGUCACCCGAAUGGAUCGUCUGAUUUCUGUUUUUUCGGUAGGUUCUACUGGUUUGUAUAUUGUAAGUUCCCCUUGUUCUGACUUUUGUGCAGCUUCAUGUUGGUCAUCAUCUCUUGCUGUUUCAGUGGGCCUAUUCUCUUCACAGCUUUUUAGGAUCGGUUUUUCUGAUGCUUCACUUUCAUCAAAAUAAACACUGUGACUUAUUGUAACCCUGUUGGUCUUUGGGUGAAGGAUUCUAUAUGCCUUUAGUUUGUUCCCUUCUAGCCCAUCAGAAACCCUUCUAUGGCUUUGUUCUCCAACUUGGAACUUUUCUCACUUAGGGCAUGGCAUAUGCCUUACAGCCGAACACUCUGAUAUGCCCUAUACUGGGUUUUGAUCCAUUCCACAUUUGGUAUGGAGUACUUUGAAUAGUUUUUGAUGGUAGCCUGUUCUGUAGGUAUGUUGCAGUCAUUAUUGCUCCCCAGUACUUGUUAGGUAAGUUGGCAUCUGAAAGCAUGCAUCUGGCCAUUUCUGUGAGAGUGCGAUUUUUACUUUCUGCUACACCAUUUUGUUCAGAAGUGUAUGGUACAGUUGUUUGGUGUACAAUACCAUACCAAUACCAACAAUACCAUAAUAGGUAUGAUUAGACACCCUGUCCCAUUUUUCCCCUCCAUUGUCAGUGUGUAUUAUUCCUGGUUUCCUUUGAAAUUUAUUGCUGGUCACAGCUAUGAAUUCCUGAAGUCUCUCUGAUGUCUCGCUUUUGUGCUUCAGCAGAUAUGUCGUUGUGUAUCUGGAAUAAUCAUUAUUGAAGGUCAGUAAAUAUCUGUUCCCGCUAGGUGUGGGGGAUUUCAUUGGUCCACACAUGUCACUGUGUAUGAGUUCCAUGGGUUGAGUCGUCUUUCUUUGACUAGUCUGUGGAAGUGGUGUACGUGUGGCCUUUGCUUUGAUACAACACAUGCAUUUCAUGAGCAUGUGGCAAGGCAAAAUUGAUAGAGCUCUCUUUGCAAAAUCCUUUAUGGCUUCUGGGUUUUGAUGUCCCAAUCUUCUGUGCCACACUUGUUGUGUACUUUAUGAGUUGUUGCUCUGGCUUGUUCGCUUGCAGUGAUGAGUUUGUACAGGUGUUCAUUCAACCUUCUUUUUUCUAGGAAUUGUUUUUUGUUUCAAAUUGUGCAUUCAUUGCCUCGGAACUAGACUGUGAGUCCAUUUUUAGCAAGGGUUUACACUGAUAGAAGACUUCCUUCUAGGCUUAGAACAUACAGAACAUUCUUUACAAGGAUGCUUUGCUUACCCCCUGACUGUGUGAUGCACUUCAGGAACCCUCUGCUGUAAUACUUUCCCAUUUGCUAGGAAGACUGUCUUUUGCACUGUAAUCAAUUUCUGUAAAAAACGUUUCAUCACUUGUCAUGUGACUUGUUGCCCCUGAGUCGAUGCACCAUCCGUGUGAUGUGCUAUUCUGAGUUACUUUAAAGGUACCACUCCAUGAUGCACCUGCAGUUUCCUUUGUGCCUGUUUUAACUCUUUCUCUUGUUGGUGGCUCUUUCCUUCGCUGCUCAGCUUUCCAGAUUGAGCAGUUCUUUUUUAGGUGACUGGCCUUUUUGCACCGAAAACAUACCCUGGUUUCUUUGCUUUGUCUUAUGCCUUCAGCUACCUCUGAUCUCUCAUUAUCUUCCAUAUGCAUAUUUUCCUUUCUUUUGUUGUAUUCAUCAAAUUAUUUUCCUUUAGCAUAUUCUAGUGUUAGUUCCUGCUCUGGUCUAGUUUUCAGAGCAUUUAUAAGGGCACCAAAUGACUCUGGAAGGCUGCAUAGUAAUAAUGCUACUACAUGAUUGUCUUUCAUGUCUUCACCUAUUGCAUGUAGCUGUUCCACAAUCUCUAGCAUAGCAUUCACAGGGGCGAGGGGACCUGGCGUGGAGAACGGCGGAGGAGCCAACAGGGAACCAGGGUCUAUCUUUAAGUGCCCAGAGGACACAUUCUUCAGGAUUGUCAGUGGGUCUGUUUGUAUCCAGUACAUGCCACAAGUUAUCUUUGGAUAACAGCAUUUCAAGCUUGAAUUUCCACAUCUGGUAAUUGGCAUUGUUGAGCUUUGUUAUUGCAAACUUCACAUCUGAACCACUUGUCAUCUUUCAGUAAACUGGAUGCAGCUCUUGUUUCCUCACUCAGUAUUUACUGGGAUCAUUAUUUGUGGUUUUCCUUUAGAAUCUGUAUCCAUAACCUGUUGGUUAUGCAUCAAAAAGAGACACUGGCAGAUUGUGAAAAAGCAUAUUGGGCUUUACUUGUGUGUAUAAACAGCAAACAUUUAUAACAUAUCAAUUAUCAGAGCAGCCAGCAGGGUGAAAGGUAAAAGGAAGAGAGACAAAGAGCAAGUAAAAAAAAAACCAAAGAACUCCCUUCCUGUGAGUACCAACAAGUUCAUAUCAUAAAUGAGCAGUACUCUGAACUGCACAGCGCCUUCUACAGCUCAAGUGCUAAUUAUAAUUAUUAUACAUAUUAUUAUAUUUCAAAUCUAUACAUAAUGCUGCUCCCACCUAUCUAUCCUCCCUUAUACACAAGUAUGUCCCGUCUAGGCCCUUACGAUCUGCUGAAGACUUACGUCUAUCUUCUGUUCGUACUCCCACCUCUGAUGCUCGCCUUCAAGACUUCUCAAGGGCUGCAAUGUUUCUGUGGAACUCGCUUCCCUCCUCUGUUAGAUGCUCACCCAGUCUCCACUCCACUCCUUCAAAAAAAUCAUUAAAAACACACUUCUGACUGAUUCCUCUCUUGCAACUGUCAUUAGUCUAAUACUAUCCUUACCUUUUUGUGUCAUUUUACCCCACUCCCUCUAGCAUGUAAGCUCAUUGAGCAGGGCCCUCAACCCCUCUGUUCCUGUGUGUCCAACGUGUCUGGUUACAACUACAUGUCUGUUCGUCCACCAAUUGUAAAGCGCUGCGGUAUUUGAUGGCGCUAUAUAAAUAAUAUAAUUAUAUGCAGUAUUUGAUGUUGUAUUUCCCAACAGAAUUACCAGUGAUGCAGCCAAUGCAGUAACAUCUGACCUCGCACUCGACUAAAUGACUGUUUCCUUUACAUUGCACUGGAUUAGAUAAAACAUGAAAAGUAAUUUGUGUCUACAGAGCAGUAGGGAGCUUUUCCUGGAACUUUGGGCACAGAUGGCUAGUCAUGCUUUCUCAGUGCACCGGCUCUAAGGUAUGGCAUCAUAACUCUGCAGUACUCAUUCCUUUCAACUGCGUACAUAGAGCACUGUCAAGAGAGUAUGCCAAGUGUAGAAGACAUACAUAUUGGAAACAAAAUUUGCAUAAUAGAAUACAUUGUUAUAAAGUGUGACUGGUGCUGAACUAGAUGUACAGAACUUUAUAAAAGUUACAGACUCAGGAUAAGGAAACUUAUGAAUGGCAAGAGAUCAGGUGAAGGCCAGUCAUGUAUUCACUCAAAAUGGCUUUCAUUAUCUUAGAAGCCUAUGAAUCAUGUAUUUUUCCUGCAUGUUCUGCGUUUUUCCCCAAGAGAAAAAAUAUAUUUAUGUCAAAACAGUAAAUUAUGUUUUCCAGGUGCUCGAGCUGAGCCCAGCUGUGGAGGGUCAGCUCAUUGGCUGAGUGCAUCAACUGAUCAUUUUCAGCCAAUGAGCUAAGUCUUGCACUGCCAGGCUUAGCUCAGGCAGAUAGCUACCGGCUCUCAGACCAAAAGGGAAGGGGCAUGGAGCAGCUCUUCAUGUUCCCUAUGUAAGAAGUCAAGCCAUUAGAAAAUGGUUUGACUACUUAAAUUUAGGUGGGGUGGCAGCGCACCCCUGACACCAUAACCACUGCUGUGCUGUUGUGAUUAUGGUGCUUGGAAUGUUUCUUUAAGGUCAGUUCAUGAGCAUUUUAACUAUGCCCCAUAAUAACUGGGAAAUAAAAUAUAUAAAACAACACAAAAACGCAUGGAGUAGAGCCAAGUUGUAUAGAUAGGCUUAUUUGCUUUACUUUAUUUCUAUUUAUUUAUUUUUUUAUGAUUUGGACAGAUUUAAACGUACAAGACAAAGUACACACACUAAAAAGUACAUACAUACACAUUAUACAUAAUAAAGUCAAAUUUAACUUUAGCUUUAACACAAGUUUCCAGUUCUUGGAGUAAUUUAUUAACUUCUUGUGUAACUCUACAGUAUCCUUCAGGUUUUUUUUUAAAAGAACAUUGCCGUUUGAAAAUGAAAGCCCUGUCAAUAUAUAAUUUACUUUUAUGUGGACUGACUUUUAUGGAAUCAGCAUUUUGUGAAUGGCAAUGUGUGCAUAGUAGUUAUAGUUUCAACAUUGUUAUGUCACAUGGGCAAAAUAGGAUUUAUAAUCACAUUUAUUCUUAUUAAUAAAUAUAAAUUUCUCCACAAUGGGGCAUUUUACUAUUCCCAUUUUAUUCUGCUCCCUUAGACGUAUAAUAAUACAUCAUACUUAUGGAACACAUUUUAGAAUGCCCCAGGUUCCUUACCAGGAACUAGACAUUUUCUAAAUUUUAAGUGUUGUUAUUUUUAAAACAGUAAAUAUAGAUUUGUAUUUCUGUAUUCCAAGCACUUUGUGUUUUCCAUUUCUGGCACCUUGCUUGACUAGUGUCAGUGAACCAUGGAAAGCAAACACACACUAAGUUUAUUUAUUUUACAAGUCACUGAGAGAAAAUGACUAAGAAUAUUGCUGUUACUGAAAGGACCCCCUGUCCAAACACACAUUAAAUAUAUUAAUAUCAAUAGGCCCCAGGUGAAUGAACAUUAAAAACGUGAUUAAAUACGCAAACAAUGAAUCAUUCUACUAAACAAGAAAGAAACCUGAAAAUAAUUAACGGCUUCCAUAUGUAACAGGAUGCAGAGCUUAAUAAAUUUCUCCCUCUUUUUUUUUUUAUUCUAUUAAAUAUGCAUUUAAAAUUAGAAUAGUUGAGUAUAUACACUUGAAUGGUAAUUGUUACCAUUAUCUGCAUCUUUUUUAAAGCAAGUUCCAGGUUACUUAUCACCCCCUGGUCUCUUUUUGAAACCAAAAGGAGAAGCACUGUAGCAAUGUAUGUGUACGUUGCACUAGUACAAAGAAGCAGAAUAUUAUUCCCUCUGAAAUGCACUACAGAGCUUCAAGGUUUCUAUUAACUUAGAGCCCUAAAACACUUUAGUUUGUUACAUACUCCUGGCAGGGCUGGAUUAACAUAGGGGCUGAUGGAGCUGCAGCUCCAGGCCCAGGCCCAGGCCCAUGGAAUAGGCCCAUUGAUUUAAAAAAAAAAAAAAAAAACAUUUUUUUUUUAAUUUUUUUUUUCCACACACUACUCUUAGGGAUUCCACCUGGCUUUUAUUUUAUUGGCACAGCCAGUAUUUGAGGCUGCCUGGCUGGUGCCAAUAUUGCAGUGAUACUGGCAAUAUAAAUGCUGGUAUUUUUCUCAGUAUAAAUGGAAAUUACUAUGCAACAGUGUCCCCAUGUCUCCCAGCCAGUGUUCCUGGUGUCUCAGUGCCUCUAGUCUUCCAGUGACCCCUAGUCUCCCAGUGCCCCCAAUCUGCCAGUGUCUCACUGUCCCCAUGUCUCCUAGUGCCUCCAUGUCUCUCAGUGCCUCAAGUGUCACAAUGUCACCAAGCUAGUGUCCUUAGUGUCUGUGGCCCUGGUGUCUGUGUCCCCAUGUCUCCCAGUGCCCCCAUGUCUCAAUGUCCCCAUGUCCCCCAGCCAGUGUCUCUAGUAUCUUUGUCCCUGGUGUCUGUGUCCCCAUGUCUUCAAGUGUCCCCUAUUUUUCCAUUGUCCCCAUGUGUCCCAGCCAGAGUCCCCUAGUCUCCCAGUGUCACUGGUGUCUCCGUGUCCCUAGGUCUCCCCGUGUCCCCAGGUCUCCCCAUCUUCCUAGUGUCCUAGUGACAUGGGGACCAUGGGAUACAUGGGGACACAGGGAGACAUGGGGCAUUGAGACACUGUGAUACAUAGGAUCACUGGGAGACCUGGGGACAUGACACUAGGGGACACUGGGAGACAUGGGGCACUGAGACACUGAUACAUAGGAACACUGAGACCUGGAGUAAUCGACACAUGGGGGGCACUGAGUCAUGAGGGCACUGGGAGACAUGGGGGCACUGGGAGGAAUCCAUCUAUACAGCAGAUUUAAACUAAGUAGUUUUUUGGUGAUUUUACAGCAUUUUCUCUUAUGUCACUCCUUGUGAUUUAUAUCAUGUGAUGUCACCCACACAUAUUUAAUUAUGCAAAUUAGUAAGGCCGGUAUGUUUUUCCAAGAAAGGUGGCAACCCUAACUACUUUUCACAUACUCUUACUUAAGUAUGGAAACUUAAGAGGGAUGUAUGGGAACAAAACUUGUGUGGACUGGCUGACCAUGAAUAUAGUUAAAGGGACACUAUAGUCAUCAGAACAACUACAGCUUAUUGAAUUUGUUCUGGUGAGUAGAAUCAUUACUAUCAGGCUUUUUGCUGUAAGCACGGUCUUUUCAGAGAAAAUGUUGUGUUUACAUUACAUCCUAGUGAUAACUUCACUGGCCACUCCUAAGAUGACUGUUAGAGAUCCUUCCUGGGUCAUGGCUGCCUAAAAUGCAUGCAAACAUUCAGUGUCUCCUCCCUCUGCAUGCAGACACUGAACUUUCCUCAUAGAGAUUCAUUAAAUUAAUCUAUAUAAGGAGAUGCUGAUUGGCCAGGGCUGUGUUUGAAUCAUGCUGGCUCUGACCCUGAUCUGCCUCUUUGUCAGUCUCAGCCAAUCCUAUGGGGAAGCACUGUGAUUGGAUCAGGCCACCACUUCUUUGCUAUAUUUAUGGAGGCAUGAGGGGCCCAGGAGGGCUAGAUGGUGGUGUUAACACUAUAGGGUCAUGAAUUCAUGUUUGUGUUCCUGACCCUAUAGUGAUCCUUUAAGGUAAUGCUGACUUUGGUCUCUCUAACACUGUGGCAUGUUCCCUUUCUUCUACACUCACUACAUAAAGCUUUCCUCUGUCCCAGACCAUAUACCAGGAGCUUCUGCCUGCUAGUAAGAAGGUAAGGAGACAAGUGGACCAGCGAGUGCUAGGGGACAGUCCUUAGAAAGCGUUGAGCGAGCGCAUCAUUAGAUGCAUUUAUGCCAAGCUCAGGGUGCUGUCUGCAUAGUAUGCCCUUAGUUGGCCAGCUGCAUGAUUGGCAGGCAGCCUGACAUGCAUUCAUACCAGGCUGGCCUUCUAAUUCUUUGAGCAGACAUGUCCUCUUUUUGGGCAUGUUCGCCCCUUUUGGCAGGUUACGUGAUUUGUGUCAGUGGCACACCCUUUUACCAUGCCCAUUGACUUCCUGCCUGACUGGACACUGCUGUUAGGGGUUAUGGAUUUACUUGAAAGAUGAAAACAUAAAUUAGAGAGAGAUUAGCCUAGGGUAUGUGUUUUCUUAUAGCUGCUGUUUUCGUUCUCUCCAGCACCAUCUCCAUCAGAUACAUGAUGCUUGGGAGUGUUUUACUGUUUUUGGUCGAUAUGAUUCUGUAAUUAGGCCCGUCAUAAUUGUCAGCACCAGGCCCACUGGGCUCUUAAUCUGGCCCUGAUUCCUGGGAGCAGGGGUAAGCGACCAUCAAAACUCCAAAUGUUGUGGACUGCAUCCUCCCUGAUUCUGUUCCAGGAUUAUAGCUGUGGGAGAUAUAGUACACAACAACUGGAGUGCCAAAGGUUGCCUACCCCUGUUGUAGAGGAAUAGAUCUGUUACAGAGAACAGAAUAAGUGGUUGCAGGAGGCUUCUCCUGCUCUCCCUGUAAGUCAGUUGCAUUUGACAGUGAGGACUAUCAUGACAAUUGAUUGACAGGUGAUGGAAAGAGCAAACUCUUAAAUAGAUCUUUCUUUUUGGACUUUCUUUUUAAUUAAAGUUGUGUGUAUCAUGAUAGGUAUUAAUUGCAAAACAUAAAAUAAUUUGGGUAUCAGUGCAAUGAUAAUGAUGAAUACAGUGUGUAUUCAUUAUUAACAAUGUAUAGUUAGAACAAGUGUAUUAAUUAGGGAGAUGAUGACGGCAUUAUGAAAAUAUAAGUUUUAUAACAUCCCAACAUAGUCAACAUAUGCAUCAAUUAAUUUGUAUAAUAAAAAGCAAAUGCAAUAAAUAGCAAACUGUGCCAACAUUGUUAGCACGCGUGGGAAUGGUCUUCUUUAUUGAACUAAUUUAUAUAGAAAAAGAAAAACAAAUGUUUCCCGUCACACACCUCUGCUUACAAAAUGAGCGUAAAAAUCUGUGUAACGGAUCACCUGGCACCCCAACUGGGUACCACCGUUGAAGGAUGCUCCUAGUGUUUCCUAAGGGCUCCAAGCACUCCAGCCGACACCAUAACCACCGUUGACUCCUUCAGAGAGCAGGACAGGAACAAGCUCUUAUAAGAGCUUAGUAGUGAUUUAGCAAGGGAGUAUGACAAGCAUAGCAAUCCCUUGUAGAAGAUUCCCCCAAUAAGAGAAGGCACUCCAAAUUGAGGGUGAAUUAGAACUGACUGUACUGGCACAUACAGCCUCUUUUAUUCACAAUCCACAAACAUAGUACUGCCCACGGGGUUUUGAAAUACAACCAAUCAAUCCGUACAAUACACACAGACACUCCCACACAAAAUCCUCCCCUCUGCCUGUGAUAUGAUUACUGAACACAAUGGUUAAUAUAAUUAUCACAGGCAGAUAAAUACAGUAUUAUAGAACAUAUCACAGGGACCCCAAAACAUGCAAUAACCCCAUAAAGUAUAUCCUCGGAACCGGGGGAUCUGGGUGAACCACAUAUCCAAAAUUCACCCAGAUCCGUUCAGUAGUUUGGAAGAUACGGUUUAAUGCAGAUUCCGCAGAACAUAUACAGGCUAAAUGAAAAAUAAUUACUGUAUAAUGUAUCCCCUGUUGUAUAGUUUAAAACUACUGCAUGAUGUCUUUGUGCACCAAAUACCGGCGAGAUGGCACUGUGUAGAAAAGUCCAAACAGUGUCUGUGAGUUAAAAUGGCCGCCAUCCAUUGUUCUUAACAUGUGCUUCAUCCAUUGUUCUCACCAUGUGCCUCUGAUACAUGAAAUGGUGGCCACCCAGUAACUCCACAGUAUUUUCCCAGAUGGUUCUUAAAGGGCCAGCAGCAGCAUAAUAAAAUACAAUAUGCCCAAAUACUGUAUUUAAAGGGCCAAAUCUCCCAGGGGCCAUAGUCAGCAGGCGGGCAAACAGGCUUCUCCAAUGCCCAGUGGCGAGGUUGGUUUCGCCACAAUGUGUAUAGAGGAUUGCUGAGAAACAUUAUGAAAAGAUAGUCACAUAUGAGUAUUUUAUGAAGAUUUAUAUCAGAGAUCUAGAAUUCUCUUGGAUAUUUAAUUUUAAUUUAUCAUAAUGUUCCAGUUAUCCUGGUAAAAGCAUUCCAGGAUAUGGCAAGUCAUGCAUAGGAAGAGUUCAUGUACUCGUUCAAAAAUAUUUAUCCAUAGUAGUUUACAGAAGUCCCCAUACCAGCAAGGAACAAAUUAAAUACCAUAAAGGCAGUGUUUUCUGAACAUACAUAGGUAAACCCCCUUCUCUCCUUUAAGUAAAACGGAGCUUAUGUGCAUAUUUAUUCUCUUCUUUUGAUUUGUCUUCUUGUGUACAGUUACAACAGUGUGAGUAGGCUGGAAGAAAGGGACUUCUCUGGUCUGGAGAAGCUGGAAUUGCUGAUGCUGCACAGUAAUGAGAUCCAAACAAUUCAUGAAAGCGCCUUUAACGAUUUAUCCUCUUUACAGGUAAGAAUGAUUUAAACAGAUAAAUAACUUUCUUCCAGCAUGGAAUCCUUAAUACUAUAAAUGCCAGAUAAAGUAGUAAGCAGUCAGGCAUGAGAUAGUUAAGCUUUAAAUAGGAUUACAUUUCAGUUGAAUAUGUAGUGACAAAAAAAAAAAACUUUGUUAAUGUAAUUAAUACAAUAAUAUUCGAAAGCAAAACAAAUAUGAACAGGAAAAUGGUUUCAUAAAACUAUUUAUAUGACAAGUAUCUAAAUUUGCAUAAUGGGUAGGGGUGGUCACGAACCAGCAUCAAAGGACGUCUAAGAGGACAGUUCUGACAUAAGCAUUGGGUUAAGGAAUUGUCUGUUCUGUUAGUUAACUAAGAAUUGUAAAGGCUUAUUUUGUCAAUGUAUGGAGGUUUAUACCGUAAAGAUGAUGAUCAGAACCCCAAUUAUAAUUUGGAAAUUAUUUGUGUAGAAUGCUAAACUGAGAUUUAGAAAUCACUUGCUUUAGACUGAUAAAGAUUGCUAGGAAUGUCUUGUAAAUUCUUAGUAAAGAGGUAAUAUGGUCUUCAAAAGUUCUUUAGUAAUCAAGGAUGAAGUAUAAAUAUUUGAAUAUAAUAAUUGUAUGUUGUGUUACUACAUGGUGUCCUGGUUUUCUGUUCCACCCAGAUAUUAAAGAUGAGCUACAAUAAAGUAAAAUCCCUCCAUAAGAACACUUUUCAUGGUCUUAAAAAUCUGGUGAGAUUACACAUGGAUCAUAACAAAUUGGAAUUCUUAGACCCCGGAUCAUUCUAUGGACUCACAUCUCUUAAACUGGUCCACCUGGAAGGAAACCUGCUGAGACAACUUCAUACAGACACUUUUGUUACUUUGCGGUACAUUCAGAUCUUUAAAACAUCAUCCAUAAAACAUGUUUACCUAUCCAGCAACCAGUUAUCUUCACUACCUAAAGACAUGUUCUUGUACAUGAAUGAAUUGGAAGGACUCUAUAUUAAUGAAAACCCAUGGACGUGUGACUGUAACCUACAAUGGCUCACAGAUGGAUCACAUAAUUUUAAAGGUAAUACUUUCUUUAUUAGUUGUAUUUACUAUAGAACUGGACAUUUGAGAAAAAGCUAUUUCUCCCAGAUAUAGAUUUUCAGCUGAUUUAAAUGUAGAGAACAUGACUCACGUUAGCAUGAUGCCCUUUUUCAAUAAUAAACUACAUAAAGGAUUAACAAAGAAUGUUUUCAUAGAAAUCAAAAUGCUCAACUGGGGAAAUUAUGUCAUUACUGAUGAUUCAGAGACCUAAAGAAAACCUUACCUCAACAUGAUAUGAAAGAUGCUUAGACAAGUGUUUAAAAACACUCAGUAACUUGCCUUGUAUUGUUAGAUGCUCCCCUUAAACUUCUGUAAGCUCACUUGUGUCAGUACAAAAUAUUAAUAUUAAUUAGCUUGUCAAACUACUUCCACUUAAAAUAUAAAUAAAAUGAAUACUACAUGGAUUGUAUUAUAGGAGAAAAUCUUAUCUCUUUUAAUUGAAUAGCAGUUUUCCUGCAGAUGUAGAACUGCUAUUUAUUUAAAAUAGUUAUGAAUACAACUCUACAUUUAAAUUAAACUAUAAUUGGGUCUUUGCAGUUACAACAAACAGAAUAUCUAUUAACAUAUGUAAACAACUCUACAUUUAAAUCAACCUAUAAUCGGGUCUUUGCAGUUAUUAUUAUUAUUAUGAUAUUUAUAUAGCGCCGUCAAAUUCCGUAGCUCUGUACAAUGGGUGGACGAACAGAUAUGUAGUUGUAACCAGACAAGUUGGACACACAGGAACAGAGGGGUUGAGGGUCCUGCUCAAUGAUCUUACAUACUAGAGGGAGUGAGGUAAAAUGACAGAAAAAGGUCAGGAUAGUAUUAGACUAAUGACAGUUACAACAAACAGAAUAUCUAUUAACAUAUGUAAACCGAUAAACACUAGUGUGAUAGUCACUGCACUGACUGUUUGAAUGUCACUACUCUAAAAAUCCAAUGUUUUUCUUGUUGUAUAUUUUUUUAUUUUAUGUUGAAGAUUAAUGAAUUAGUCUGAUAUCAAUCUAUAGAGCACACACAGCCAUAUUUAAAAAAAAAAAAAAAAAAAUGACAUGAUGUAUGUAAUGUCUAGAGUGUUAUAUAUUAAGAGAAUACAAGCACAAAUUAUUUAGUUUCAUUACUAGUAGUGACUUCAAUCAGGAAAACAUUAGUGGACGAGUAAAAAAAAAAAAAAAGCAAUAAAAAAAAUUAGACAAUUAUAGUUUAAAGGGGUAUUUCAACCCCAAUGACUACUUUUAGAAGGUGGUCAUUGUGGAAGCAAUCUGUACACGCAGCAUUUGAUCUUAAAAUACUGGACAGGGAUAUCACCACUUUUGCGCCGUGGGCUAAAUGCACCACUGGCACUGAUGACAUAAUCUUAAUUCUGUGCAACAAUUAUGUCUGUUGUAACAGGUUUUGAUUUAGUCAGCCCGAUUUAGAUGUGUAUAGUGGCAACUAUCCAGGUGCUAUAUAUGCUCUAUAACAGAAAAAAAAGAAGGAUAGUGCGUAGGCGCUUCACUGUAAUUUUGACAAUUCUGUAUAUAGUAUAAAGUAUACAAUAGAUGGUGUAACCGGUACCCUAGUGCUUCCCUUAUACACCAGAUUUACAUAAUACAAUAAAAAGAGACAAAUACCAGUAUAUACACCUCCCCAAUGUGAUCACCACAAAAAUAAGUGAUAUUACCAAUAUAGAACUGGACUGUAAUGUAAACAGCGUAGAACUUGAUUGGGGUAUAAACUAAAAUAGAAAAAACAUAAAAAACAUAGUGCAAACUGUAUGAUAAUAAAUAAGUGAUAAAUAGGUAUGUGAUUCUCACUCACAUUCUCCAGAGCCGUACCAGGCUCUGUAUAGCAGGCUCAGGGGUGCCAAUAACUGGCUAACGAUCCAGGUGGUCCAAAUAGAUGAGACUCCAAAGGUUAAAUAUAAAAUAUAUUUAUUUAUAAAAAAUAUAUAAAAAAGUGUAUACACUGCUGGGCACUAUGGGGGUGGAACCCAAAACAGACAAGGAUAUAUAUAAAACAAUAAUGGAAUUCCACUUACCCCUAUCUGUAUAGUAGCCCAGAGUGACAGAAAUACACAUAAAAUAACAAAUACAAAUGCAGAAGAUUGAAGCAGACGCGUUUCGGCCAACAGCCUUCCUCCAGUGCUUGUCUUCAUGUCCUAUUGAGUCUUCUUUUAUAAGCCUUAUCUGUCCCAUUCACCUGGAUCCAAUUUCGUACCGGCGUCGCGUCACUUCCGGUUUCGCGGGUGACGUCACUUCCGGUUUUUCGGCCGGCUGGAACGCACGCUGAAACGCGGCGUUCAGGAUGUAGAUUGUUAUGAUUAAGUCCCCAUAGCAACCUUAGCCUCCAUAUUUGCAAAAUAUCAUAAUAGAAUAAGUGUUUUUUCUUAUUCUAUUAUGAUAUUUUGCAAAUAUGGAGGCUAAGGUUGCUAUGGGGACUUAAUCAUAACAAUCUACAUCCUGAACGCCGCGUUUCAGCGUGCGUUCCAGCCGGCCGAAAAACCGGAAGUGACGUCACCCGCAAACCGGAAGUGACGCGACGCCGGUACGAAAUUGGAUCCAGGUGAAUGGGACAGAUAAGGACUUAUAAAAGAAGACUCAAUAGGACAUGAAGACAAGCACUGGAGGAAGGCUGUUGGCCGAAACGCGUCUGCUUCAAUCUUCUGCAUUUGUAUUUGUUAUUUUAUGUGUAUUUCUGUCACUCUGGGCUACUAUACAGAUAGGGGUAAGUGGAAUUCCAUUAUUGUUUUAUAUAUAUCCUUGUCUGUUUUGGGUUCCACCCCCAUAGUGCCCAGCAGUGUAUACACUUUUUUAUAUAUUUUUAUAAAUAAAUAUAUUUUAUAUUUAACCUUUGGAGUCUCAUCUAUUUGGACCACCUGGAUCGUUAGCCAGUUAUUGGCACCCCUGAGCCUGCUAUACAGAGCCUGGUACGGCUCUGGAGAAUGUGAGUGAGAAUCACAUACCUAUUUAUCACUUAUUUAUUAUCAUACAGUUUGCACUAUGUUUUUUAUGUUUUUUCUAUUUUAGUUUAUACCCCAAUCAAGUUCUACGCUGUUUACAUUACAGUCCAGUUCUAUAUUGGUAAUAUCACUUAUUUUUGUGGUGAUCACAUUGGGGAGGUGUAUAUACUGGUAUUUGUCUCUUUUUACUAUAUAUGCUCUAUGUUUAUGAAAGUAUUCAUUUUAAAAGUACAACAGCAUGUAUAAUUGAAGAAAUCACAAUUAUUUAUAUUUGCGUUUAACUUCUUAAUUCUACGAGCACCCGUCUGACAUUGUUUUUAGCACCAAAUGUAACUUAUUUACCUCCCUCCAUAGCGACAGUGCUCAAUGUAACUCCCCUGCCUCUCUAGUCACAGCAUUUUAACUAAUUAUUUUACCUCCCUCCAUAGCGACAGCGCUCAAUGUAACUCCCCUCCCAGUCUAGUGACAGCAUUCUACCCAAUUAAUUUACCUCCCUCCAUAGUGACAGCGCUCACUGUAACUCCCCUCCCUCUCUAGUGACAGCAUUCGACCCAAUUAAUUUACCUCCCUCCAUAGCGACAGCGCUCAAUGUAACUCCCCUCCCUGUCUAGUGACAGCAUUUUAACUAAUUAUUUUACCUCCCUCCAUAGUGACAGUGCUCAAUGUAACUCCCCUCCCUCUCUAGUGACAGCAUUCUAUCUUAUUCAUUUACCUCCCUCCAUAGCGACAGCGCUCAAUGUAACUUCCCUCCCUGUCUAGUGACAGCAUUUUAACUAAUUAUUUUACCUCCCUCCAUAGUAACAGCGUUCAAUGUAACUUCCCUCCCAGUCUAGUGACAGCAUUCUACCCAAUUAAUUUACCUCCCUCCAUAGUGACAGCGCUCACUGUAACUCCCCUCCCUCUCUAGUGACAGCAUUCGACCCAAUUAAUUUACCUCCCUCCAUAGCGACAGCGCUCAAUGUAACUCCCCUCCCUGUCUAGUGACAGCAUUUUAACUAAUUAUUUUACCUCCCUCCAUAGUGACAGUGCUCAAUGUAACUCCCCUCCCUCUCUAGUGACAGCAUUCUAUCUUAUUCAUUUACCUCCCUCCAUAGCGACAGCGCUCAAUGUAACUUCCCUCCCUGUCUAGUGACAGCAUUUUAACUAAUUAUUUUACCUCCCUCCAUAGUAACAGCGUUCAGUGUAACUUCCCUCCCUGUCUAGUGACAGCAUUCUACCCAAUUAAUUUACCUCCCUCCAUAGUGACAGCGCUCACUGUAACUCCCCUCCCUCUCUAGUGACAGCAUUCGACCCAAUUAAUUUACCUCCCUCCAUAGUGACAGCGCUCAAUGUAACUCCCCUCCCUCUCUAGUGACAGCAUUCUAUCUAAUUCAUUUACCUCCCUCCAUAGCGACAGCGUUCAAUGUAACUUCCCUCUCUCUCUAGUGACAGCAUUCGACCCAAUUUAUUUACCUCCCUCCAUAGUGACAGCGUUCUACCUAUUUCCACUCCCUCCCCCAGUGGUAGUGCUCAGUGUAACUCCCUCCCUACUGACACCACUCAAUAUACCCCCCACCACCCUUACCACCCCAUUGGUAGGCCUCUCUAGCACCAAUAUAUCUUACUUCCGCCUCCUUCCCUCCUUGUUUAUCCAUUGGUUAGCACACACUCUCAUCAUUUAAAAAUCCACAUCGAAAAGCACUGGAUUCAAUGUUUUCUAUGUGAAGAAGCCGACUGGUGCAUUUGCGGCACUCACCGCACAUGUGCCUAAGGUCCAUCAAUACUCUUUGAGAAGCAUUUGAUUGUAACAAGACCCGGAAGAUGAAUAUGCGGUGUGAAUGAUAAAGAUGAAGCUUGCCAGGUGCUGCUUUCUAGGUAAGUAUCAAGCUAUUUUGAAAGAAUAUGCAAUCAAAACAUGGAAGGGGGGUUAAUGUAGAUAUUGAUUGAGACUAUUGCUGCUAAUUAAAUAAAUAGACUAAAGAAAGUUGAUGGAGUAACCCUUUAAAUUAAAAACCAACUGCAUUCCAGCACAGGUUGACGCUGAAAUAAUGUAGUAAAAAGAUGUAAACACCAGAUGAUCAUACAAUAUUUUGUCUAUUAUUACACUGUUUAGUUAUUUCUUUUUCAUGUACAUUAUGUAAAAACUGUGACAUCUGUUUCUUCCACAGACCUGAUAAAAUGUAAGAAAGAUCGAUCUGGUCCACAAUGUCCUUUAUGUUCAAUUCCAAGAAAAAACAAAGGAAAGUCUCUAACAGACAUCUCAUCUCAAGACCUAAAUUGUAUAAAACCAACUAUAGAGAACAUAUACAAGAUAAAAAAUAUCACCACUGCAGAAGACAUAGGAUUUACCUCUAUAUCUGCCAAAGACUUUGUAGCCCCCAUAGGCUCUCUUAUCCUAAAUAUGACUGACAAUUCUGGAAAUGAAGCCAAUUUAGCCUGCAGUGUUCAAAGACCAACAAAAAUGUCUCAAAUAACAUUGGAUAUAAAAGCAGAAUACACAAUAAUGAGAACUACAUUUUCUACCUUUCUUGUAUGCAGCAUUGAUUAUGAUCACAUUCAAAAAAUAUGGGGCAUCCUAGCUAUGUACAGUGAUUCUCCCAUGAAACUUAAAAAAAACCUUUUGCUUACAAAGGCACCCUACAUUAGUUACAAAUACAGACAAUACUCAUCAGAUGAUGAGGUCUUUACAGACAUUGAAGCAGAACUCAGAGCGGAACCAAGCUGGCUUAUGCAGGACUCAAUGACGUUACAGUUAGACAGGACAGCUACGACUCUAAGUACAUUGCAUAUUAGGUAUUUGUCGGAUAUGUAUCUCAAAAUACCAAAGACCACUGAGAAGCCAAUGAAAGGUGACUGGGUUAUGAUUGUUAAAACUAACCAAACAAAGACAGAAUAUUCUGCAGUGAUUGGGGGAACUGUGGAAAUGGAUUGUCAAGUAUUGGGUGAACCCACUCCUGUUAUUGAGUGGGUCCUUCCUGAUGGAAGUAAGCUUAGAGCUCCAUAUGUAAGUGAAGAAGGAAGGAUAACCUUAACAAAAGGUGGAAAAUUUAUGCUAAAGGCAGCGGACAGUUUUGAUACUGGAGUUUAUCACUGUAUCGCAACAAAUUAUCUUGAUGCUGAUGUGCUUUCUUUUAGAAUUACAGUGGUCAGCGCUGAUGUGGAAGAAGACAGUGUCAAUGGUGCAGAACUUACAGUGAGUCAUGGAGAUGAACUCUUUCUUCCUUGUGGAUCAUUUGGUAUACCUGAUGCAUCUGUGAGUUGGAUUUUACCAGACCAUUCUGUGCUGCAUGACACAUCACAGAACAAAAUUAUUUUCCACAAUGGAACAUUAAAAAUACAUGAUGUAACACAGAGAGACAGAGGGCAUUUUAGAUGCUUAGCAGCUAAUCAGUAUGGUAUUGACACCCUUAUACACAAGGUAACAGUUAAAGAUGAUACAAAAAUCAAAAUACUCAAUGAGAAGUUACAACUCGACCACAAUGAAGAUGAAAAUGAUGAUGGGUCUACCAAUGAAGAUAUUGAAGAAUUUAAUAUUCAUUCUGCAAGAGGAAAAGCCAUCACUCAAAGAAAAAUUCCAAGAAGAUUCCAGUGGAGAGAAAAAGUAACUACAUUGGAGGACACAGAAAAUGGCCACAAUGGAGUUCAAAGACGAACCAAAAUUAACAAACGGAUUAGAGGAAACAGACGUCCAUUCAUUCAAAGUUCAAGAAAAAUUGACCCCCAACGUUGGUCAGAAAUUUUAGAAAGGACAAAACAGAAUUCCAUUAACAGCAAAAAAGAAAUUCAGGAGGCAACAAUUCUGGAAAAAGAAGAACAGGAUGUAGAAAUGGUGUCCGGCGAGGUGGAAGAAGCAUCUGGAGAAGAACUACUCCCAGUAAAAGAAAAGUUUUUGAUAUUAACUACAAAACAUCCAGCAGUAACUAUAUUAAACAUGGAAACAACAUCAAAGACAGUGACAGAUGUUAAAACAACACCUUUGCAGACAACAGAAAACUACAUUUUUACACUUCAAAAAAACACAGAAGAUGCAAUAACUUCCUUGGCAUCAACAACAAUUAGAGAUCUUACUUUAGGGACAACUCGGAAGAAAACUGAGCAGUCUCUUGAUACACUUACAGAUACUGCAUUAAAGGAUAUUCAGGAAGCACCAACAACAUAUAGCUUGUUAAAUAGCCCUUCAAUAGAUAUGCUUGCACAGCCAAAAGUCAGUUCGAGUAUCUUACAUACAACACCUACAGUACUCAGGACCAUCACUGAACUGACCCCCACAAAGAGUAAUCUUCAGGUCAAUCAUGGGUUAAUGACAGUGUUUACUUCAUUAACCACAGCACAAAGUGUUAUUACUAAUCCAACAACUAUAACUCCACACAACAUAGUGACCACUUCCCCAACAACAGCUGAAUACAUGCAUCCCAUGUCUCAACCAGAUACUGCAGACCAAUCCACAACAGUAGAUAACAUGUAUGUUACCCAACAAGGCACCCAGAGUAGCCUAUUUACUACCUCUAGUUAUUUGGAUAUUUCUUCAGAAGAUGUUAUGAAUCACCUACCUUCAAAGUUCAGUCAUAUACUUCACAAUGCAAGUGUUAGACCAACAUUCACACCCAAUGACUUUUCGACAACUUCACAGAGUGUUUUAAUGAAACAACAAACCACUAACAAAUAUUUACAUAUAACUUCCAAAAGUGCUCCAAGUAAAACUCAUAGCCAGACACAUUUUCCAAUUACUACGUCUGAAGAUAUUUCAAGUAGAAGUCCACCGACUUAUAGUCCAUUAUCUUCAAGAAAUAUCACCAAUCCCUCAUCAUACCAUGAAGAUAAUAUGUCUAAUACAGUUACAAAUCCUAAAGUGCUAUUAACAACUCAAACUUAUAAAUACCAAAUACCUGCUUAUAUUACAAAUCUUACAGAAAAAGAUGCAACGCAUCAUCCAGGCACUGUUCCUAUUUUACCAGCCAACUAUGACCCAGAUACCACUCCAGAUAGAAUGGUUAGUGUGUCAACCACUACAGCUAAUCCAACAUUAAGGGAAAUGCUACAAUCACAAGCAAUCCCUUUGUUAAAGUCAGAAGAACAGAGAACACAUCUCCCUUAUGUUUCAGGUGUCAAUGAUGGAUUUGAUGAAGGAAAUAUUUUGACUAUUGAUUCUUCAACUAAGGCAAGUACCAAAUUGUUUUUAUCACAAACUGAAAUUGGCCCUAUAUAUAUUAAAAGUACUCAAAAAAUAAUCUCACCCCAACUGCCAGCAGGGUCCACAAUCAUUACCCAUCAACAGAUUCAGAUUGUAAAAAAUGUAACUCCAUUAGAACCUAGCAUAAGACGUUAUGGCCGAAGGCGAAUUUCUGGAAAAAGACGAAUUAUUAGGCCAGAAAGGAUUCCAAUUACUAGAGUUCACAAAUAUAAACUUGAAAAGAAUGAUUCAAAAGAUUAUGCACAUAGCACCAUAGACCAAACAACCAUUUCAGAGCUCAGUAAAUACUUUCCCACUACAUAUUUUCCACAUACUAUUCCAAAUGUGCCCACUACUGCAACUCCCAGUAGUAUUUUAGGAAAAGAGACAAAUGCUCCUUUUGGUUCAACAGCAGACAAUGCAAACAUAGUCCUAAUGAAUACAUUGCCCUUAAAGUCAGCUACACAAGUAAUGCGUACAACAAAAGAAAAUACAGGUAGUGCCUCCCACAAUUCAAAUGGCUCGUCUGCUACAUUGCUUAUUACUGCACCACCAGAUACAGAUGAAGCGUCAAUCAGCAAUUUUAUUUCAUCCUCACAAUCAGCCAUGGCGACAUACAGUACACCCCAAGAAAAGAUAGGCACAAGAAGUAAUAUUAUCUCUUCUUACAAACCUACUACUCUGAAAAUACUUGAAGACAUUAGUGAAAAAUUGGUAAAUUUGGAUAGUCACCAAAUUAAUGCUCAGCACAGGCAAAACAUAGCAACUCAAACACCAACAACAAUACCCACCAUGAAAAAUAUAGAAUAUAUUCACACCACAACUCUGGAAAUCACCACAAAAAACAGAGCUCCAACUAGAAUACUAAGGAGGAAAAUUCCUUGGCAUAGGUUGUAUGGAAAAAAUCAUCUAAUUCACAGAGAGAUAGUUAGGAAACUUAGAAAAAAUACUCAACAGGUAUCCACAGUUACUACACCAAUUACAACUACCGUUACUAAACCAAUUACAGCUAUCCCUUUAACAAGUCCAAGUAGGUUUGCACACCAAACUACCACCACAUUGAAUACUGUGACCAGCAGCCCUUUCACUAGAACUGAGGGUACUUUAGCACCAAGAACUAAUACAAUAGCCUAUCUUACACUUUCCAGUCCUCUAACACCAUCUGAAGCGACGACUAUUGAACCAACUGCAAAUACUAUGUUAACUAUGACAAUUCCAAUAUCAUUCAGUGCAGCAACCAUAACAAAACAGAGGUUCUUAAAAAGAAAAAGGCCACGGAAGAAGAAUUCUUUUAGUAAUUCAGUAUUUUCGAACCACAUAUCAAAUCAUACCAAAUCUAUCCUUAAACCAACUGUUUUUAAAAACAGCACUCUGAAGAGUAUCACUAAAACAUAUUCAGUUACCCAACAUCCACAGCUUUAUGUUAGUACAGUCACAGAUCAACAAACCACACCAUUGUCGAGUGUAGUCAAUGACAUCCUGCUAACCACUAAUAAAAAGUUUUCCUGGAGUAAAAAUCCAAGUACCUCAAAAACAUUAUCACAACCACUAUCUAAAAUGAAUGAAUUGACUAGUUUUUUACCCACUUUAAUACCCUCUACAUAUUCAGAAUAUGAAAGUAAUUUUAUAACCACAACUCAUCAACAAGAUACUUCCUCUAAAUAUAAACAUGUGGCUAGUCAAUUUAACAAAAAGGCAACAACUCUGAAAUCAGGCAUUGUUACAAGUACCACAUCACCAGCUGUAAAAAGGAGAAAAAUGACUAGCAAUGUAUCUGAUUUAUCACCAAUAUCAAUCCCAGGGACAGCUCAACCCCUGACUGUCCUUGCAAAGAAAACAACCAAUUAUAACUUGGAAAACAGAUCACAAAUGAAAUCAGAUGGCACAGGGACUAUGCCAAAAAACACUUCAACUGAAUUGAAACCGUCUACAAAUGGCAUGCCAUCUCAUACUUUAUCUAAUAGCGAAGACAAAAGAGGUCUGCAAGAAAUUAAAGAAAGUCUGGAAACAACAACAAUUGGACUUCAGAAUCUAGAACCUACUUCAAAUGAUGUCCCAUCAAAGCCUAAGAUUACUGGGGGAAAAGCUGCAAGUUUCACUGUCUUGGCUAACUCCGAUGCCUUUAUUCCUUGUGAAGCUGUUGGAAAUCCAGUACCUAUGGUAUUAUGGACAAAGGUAUCAUCAGGUGAGGCUAGCAUUUUCCUGACUUUUCAUAUAAAAGGGAUAUUAAUUGCUAAUAAAGAUUGGAUUUUCCUAAUACAAUACAUGCUCACCAAGAAAGAUAUAGAUUUAAUUAGUAUGGAAUAUCUUUUCUAUUUUUGUUAGCUCAGCUUCCUGUUUUUAAUGAGAGCAUAGUUGUCCUUUAGUGCUUCAGCUUGGAUGGACUAAGAUUUCUACAAUGCUUAACCAAUCCAAAUAAUGUCAGAGCCUGAUUGAAAUUAACUCUACAAUCAGCUGCAGAACAACCACUGUCACUGGGCUUGUCACUCCAGGGGGCCCAGUUGCUCUAUUGACCCCUGUGAAUGUGAGCCGCUGAAGGUGUGGGUGCCGAGAGGAGCCCUCUCACAUAGGGCCACUCUCAUACGGGGGCCACUUUUGGGCACCCCCGAUCGUCUCCAACACAGUGAGGCAGAGUAGGCACUUGCUUACCUGGAUGACAGGUGCCUACUCUGCCGAUAAUUGCUGCAAGGAGAUGGGAGGAGAGGAGGCAGGCGGCAGUGUGGGCAGCGAGGGAGGCUGAUCUGGGAGUUCCUCUCUCGUCCUUCGCGCGCCCUCUGGGAGCCGGAAUAUAACGCCAUUCCAAUCCUGGCAUACUAAACAGUCAGUGGGAGGAGAGAGAAAAUGUCAGAUUACAGCACAGCCUCACACUGGAUCCCAGGGAGAGGACCCACACCAGCUCUCCAAAAGGUAGAGAAGCUGGGUGGGCCUCAAAAAAUGUAAUUCUGAGAGUGUGCAAAAGUGUGUCAGUGUGUCUGUCUAUGUGUAUGUGUCAGUCAGUGUGUGUGUGAGUGUGUCAGUGUGUGUGUCUAUUAGUCAGUGUAAGAGUGUCUGUCAGUGUGUGUCUGUCAGUGUGAGUGUUUGUGUCGGUCAGUCAGUGAGUGUGUGUGUGUGUCUGUCAGUCAGUGAGUGUGUCAGUGUGUGUGUCUGUCAGUGAGUCUGUGUGUGCCUGUCAGUGUGUGUGUGUGUGUGUCUGUCAGUGUGUCUGUUAGUGUGAGUGUGUCUGUGUCAGUGUCAGUGUGUGUGUAUGACAGUUUGAGUGUCUGUCAAUCAGUAUGAGUGUGUGUUUGUCAGUGCAUGUGUGUGUCUGUCACAAAUUUAUGGGGGUGGGAGAGACACACGGAGGGGGUAGGUGGGAAAGACAUAUGGGGAGCUGGGUAAGACACAUGGAGGGUCUGGGGUGGGGAUUAAAAACAUAGGGGUCCCCAGUGCAGUUCUCGCACAGGGGCCUUGUGGUUUCUAGUUACACCUCUUUCUACAAUAACUGGAAUACCUAGUGAACCGACAUAAAAAAAUAGCUUCUAAGUUUUUUUUUUGCUUUUAUAUAUUCAUUGUGCUGCCUCUCAUGCCUUUAGAGAAUUCUUUUUUUAAUUAAACAUAAUGUUCCUCAAUUUUUAAAAUGUUUUAAUAUUCUAUUUAAAGUACAGAAUAAUCUUUGACAGUUUUUCGGUAAGUCUUUUUAUUCUAGAUGUCUGUAAAUGAUGACAUUUAAACAUUGUACUAAACCACAGUAUUAGAAAUUAUGGUGUGAAAUUGCCAUUUUAAAACAUGGGUCAAAUGUAAAUAAUUUAAAUUAUUCUUUGCAAUCCCAAAAGAACAUUUAAGCAAAACAAAUAAUUGUUCAGGAGAAGCACAGAGCUUUAAACAAAAUCAAAAAGGAAAUACGUUGUUUGCUGUAGACAUUCCUGGGUUAUUGCCAUACACAUUAGUGCGACCAGAGCUUGCUCUGAGCUCUACAAAGCAUGCGCAAAAUUCUAACAUCAUAAAUGCUAUCUGUAACACUAUAGCUGACUUGGGUAUCUGCCAGUGAUGUGACUCAUGCACAGUCUUAUUCAUGCUUUAACACAUUUGCAUGGUUUUAUUUCCAGGCUGGUUGGUUCCUUAGGUUUUCCCUAGAUCCCUAAACCGUGUACUGUGUUUGGGUUAUUUCUGUAGAACACCUUUACCAAAUGGAACUAAACCUGGAGAUCGAAUGUACAAAUGUUAUACACUGCUGACCUCCCCUUGUGUUGUAGAGGUCUUUUUUUUGCGAGUGUCCUUGUUUGUUAUGAUACAAUAAAAAACAUAAUUUCAUAAACAAAUUUCAAAAUAUAUAUGGAUUUAAUAUAGAAUAGCAUCAUUAUGUUUAAUUAAUGUAAGUCGCGGCAAAUCAUAGUUAAUAUUUGUGUAGAAUAACAGCAUUUUGUUUUCCCACCAGGAAUGUUUGUAUCCAAAACACGAAGGGGAAACAGAAUGGAGGUUUUUGGUAAUGGAACACUAUCCAUAUUAAGUGUUAGUCUAAAUGACCGCGGGCAGUACUUAUGUGUGGCCACCAACAAGCAUGGAUCUGACAGGUUACUAGUCACACUUUCAGUUAUCACAUAUCCUCCAAAGAUUCUACAGGCCAAGUCAAGAGAAAUUACUGUGCACUCUGGAAGUUCUGUAAAUAUAAAAUGCCAAGCUGAAGGCAGACCUUUCCCCACCAUUACCUGGAUAUUGGCAAAUGAGACCAUUGCGUCUGAUUCAUCCAUAAAUAACCGGAAAGCAUUUGUAGACCCAGAUGGAACUCUUACAAUCAAAGAAAUUACAAUAUAUGAUCGUGGGAUGUACAAGUGUUUAGCUACCAAUAUAGCUGGAGUUGAUACUUCUACAGUAAGGAUCCAAGUGAUUGCUGCUCCUCCUGUGAUUUUGGAGACUAAAAGACAAACAGUUCUAGCUGUUGCAGGUGAAAAUUUAAAGCUCCCCUGUACAGCUAAAGGAAAUCCUCAUCCUACUGUUCAUUGGGUAGCAUUUGAUGGUACAAAGGUGAAACCAUUACAUUAUGUUAAUGCCAAACUCUUCCUUUUCUCCAAUGGAACUCUUUACAUUAGAAAUGUGGCCUCAACAGACAAUGGAAAUUAUGAGUGCAUCGCAACUAGUUCGACUGGUUCUGAAAGGAGAGUUGUCACUCUCAGUGUGGAACAAAGAGAUACGAUUCCCCAAAUAAUCCAUGCUUCACCAAAAACUAUAGAGUUGAAUUUUGGAGAUAAGCUGUUGUUAAACUGUACAGCAACAGGAGAGCCAAAGCCAAGGAUAAUGUGGAGACUUCCAUCAAAAGCAGUGGUUGAUCAGUGGCACAGGUGAGAGCUAUAUUUAUAUGAAUUAAAUUAACUGGACGUAAUUCACAUGUGUUAAAUAAAGUCACUACAGUCAGUCAUAUAUUUUCUUACUUUCUAAGGAGAAAUAAACACAAAAUAAUUAUAUGGCAUACAUUCUUUUUAAACAUGGUAUGCAAAACCUGCCCAUUAACAUUUGUUUAGCAAGGAGAACAGGCACUCUUAGCACCCAGUUCACCAAUGUGUGAAUUGGCAAACUGCAUGCAGGUUCCAAAGGUUACCAUCCUAAUUCCUCACAAGCAAUAGUAAAUGAAAUAAUUUUAUUACCAGGUAGCAAAAAAAACGUAGAGAGAAUAUCAGAGGAAAUCCCCUGUGAGGGUGAAGGGAUCUCCCCUGGCCAGGUAUUAGUAGAUCGAGUUGGGGUUCGAAAUCACAGUUAUUGUAUGUGUAUUCAAUAAAGUUUCAAUAAAGUUUAUUCAAUAAAGUACCAAUUAGUAUACUGAAAAGUAUUAUGGAUAGUUUAUUACAUUUGGGGGUCUAGGGAGUUAAUAAAUAGCUGCCAGGUCUUAGAAAAAUGUUUUGUUAGCCGUUCCUUAUGAUUGAGUUUUUCCGACCAAUCCAUGUGGAAAGAGUGUUACAAUUUGGAACGAAAUAGGGUGAUUGGUGGAGAUGUACUAGUAAUCCAAUGGUGCAGGAUAGUUUCCUGGCAAUCACAGCUAUGACAUGAAUGAAUUCUGAACUGGCAAGUGUGGUGUUGGGGAAACUUCCUAAAAUCGCCAAUUCUAUCAAGAUGGGAAGAGAGAAACAUGAGGACAUUGAGACAAGGUUUCAAACACCUGAAUAUGCUCGCAAGACCAAAAAUAGAAAACAAGUCUGCUUCCUCUGCACUUUAAAUAAUUUAAAAAGAUUUCAACCUCAGUAUGUACUGUUGUAAAAUGUAAGUGCAGCUCAUGAUAUGUAGAGGAGGGUAAUAAAUUUAGAGUAGUAGCCCAAGUAUCACUUAAACUUUUGAUAUCCAACUCCAGAAAAUGAACUAGCCCCCUCCAGGACCUGAAUAACAAGUUAUUUAAAUUUUACUGCUUUUUUUUUAUAUAUAUAUAUAUAUACUUAAAAAUGAAUGGAUGAUAUGAAAAUCAGUGUGUGAAUUGAUGAUAUUUUCACUGGCAUACAAUUCUGGCACAAAGCAGGUCAAGUUGUGCUGGUAGCUGUAUAUUGUUUGGGAAUGACACACGGUCUAUUCCAAUAAACCAUGCAAUGUUUGUAGAACAAUGGUGUUGUAAAACUGAAAUGAAAUGGAUAACAAAAAUACAGCCAAUACUUUACCACAUUGCAGUGUAUUUGUUAGUUCUCUUUCAAAUUGUAGAAAAAGAGUUAUAACUACAGUCUGUAAGCUGAUGAUUUGUCAUAAAGUAGAGUUUAUUUUCUCAUGAUUUAUAAAAAGCAUUUUCACAAUAUCUUCACUUGAACAGCUGUGUGAUAGAAUUAUAAUGAUGAUAAGUCCCAUCUUAGAACCCAGACAAGCCUAAUCCAAUUGCUUAUGACAAGUAAUGAUCUCAAUUGUAUAAACCUCAAAUAACAUUAAGCAACCAGUGCAAUCAAACUUCUAUAUCAUUUAACUUUUGAGUCUCAUCACUCAAAUUAGCAUAUUAGCAAUUGACAUUAGCAUAUUAUCCAAUUCCUAAAACAUACCUCCCAGUAAUCCCUAUUUAGGAGGGACAGUCUCUAGAUCGAGUCAAACAUCUCUGUCCCUCUUUUCUAUCCAAAUGUCACUCUAUUCUAGGAUCUCCAUAUUGCUGAUGUGUCCGAGCUCCAUAGCUGCACUUAACAUGUGACAUCAGCAUCCAGUCAGACUACGUAAUCAAAAGAAUAUAUCUUAGCUUUCAAAAGUGCAGAAGACAGAAAAAACUCUCUAAGCUCCCUGAUAUAUGCCAAAAGUUAACUUGAUUUAAAAAAAAAAAAUAAACCAACAAAGAAACUGCUGAACAGAUGCAUUAAACAUUUAUACAAUGAAUUAUCAGUUUGCCUGUUUGAUGGCUGUAUGGUGCAUAGGUCAUUUCAGAUGACCGUUCCACUUCAAUACAGUUUUUGACAAAAGUGGAUUCUGCGACUUGAAGUUAUAAUAGAACUAGCAUUGGUUAAUCAAGUUGGGAGCAGACACAAAUCCUACAGAGCCUGUCCAUCAUAAAUGGCAAACUAACAUGAUGACAUGAUGCUUAGCCAGAAGAAGAUUACUGUUUUGUCAAUAAACAAUGGGUGUAGAAUACUGAAAAUAAAACAGCAAUUUGCUACUUCAUCCUGCAUUUUAAUGUUGGUGUGGAAAUAAUCACUGAUUCUCAACAGAAACGUUAUUUAAAAAAAGAAAGUGUAGAAAGUACCACUGUUUCAAAAUAACAUGAGCUACAGUGAAAUAUUAGGCUGUAGGUUGUGAAUUACAUUUGAUUAAACCUAAAGGGACGCGGUUCCAUUUACAGAGCUUUGUAUGACUGCAGGUUAUUGUGAAGAGAGUUUCCUGCACCUGGUCUUCAUGCUAAGAGUGGCCAACAAUUGCAACAAUUUGCAGAGAUCACUGCCAUAAGCCAGCCCUCCAGCUCUCAAAUAUCAGAGGAGGAAUUUUUACUUCCUUUUUUUGUCAUCUGAGCUCUAACUUGUGCAUUUGAUGUAUCCAUGCCCUAAGCACAACUAGAAAGGGCAUCUCUCAUUCUCUGCACGUCCAGGAAAGCAUCUGAGCCGCAGUCACUCAACUGCGGUUAGCAAAUAUAGAGAUCUCUGCAGACAGCCCGGUUCACAACAUUUUAAAAUAAGUUGUGAAUUAGCUAUCAGCAACCAUCGUGUGGCUUUGCUAUUUUGUUUUAUUAAACAGUUCCACUCAUUCUAUGUGAUGAGUGGAACUAUGGCUGGAGUAAACUAAACCCAUAUACCUGAUGGAUGGGUGUUUACAAGUUAAUUACCAACACCACAAACCAGUACAAGAGGAUUGGUGGAGCCUCUUCCUAGUCAGGAAGGAGCAUCAUCCAGCUGCAGCAUUUGCCUGACAUUUAAAAGGUUGUUUUUUGUUUUUUUUAAAUUUAUAUUUCAAUGCAUUGUUAUAUGUUUAAACUGUGUAAUAUCCUGCUUCUGUGUCCGUCUAAUAACUGCAAAAAAACACACAAACAAGACUUUGUAAAAGGAUUAGUGUGAUUGCUCUGCCAGUCUUGUAAAACUUCUUACACCAGUGAAACUUUUAACCUUGUUUCUGAUUUCUCCAAUGUAAUUAUUUCCAUCAGACAGAGAAUGAGAUAGCAAUGCAUUUGUUUUUAAUUUACUCCUUUUCAAUUCAAAGAACUAAUUAAAAAAACACAAACAUUUUUUGUUGCACAUUAUAUCAUAUAUUAUCUUGUGUAAAGUUUCAUGAUGAUUACACAUGUUACUGACUUAAAGGACCACUAUAGUGACAGAAAAACAUACUUGUUUUCCUGGCACUAUAGUGCCCUGAGGGUGCCCCCACCCUCAGGGUCCCCCUCCCGCUGGGCUCUGGGGAGAGGAAAGGGGUUAAAACUUACCUUUCUCCAGCGCCGGGCGGGGAGCUCUCCUCCUCUGAUCCUCCUCCUCUCCUUCCUUUCGGCUGAAUGCGCUCGCGCGGCAGGAGCUGCGCGCGCAUUCCGCUUGUCUCAUAGGAAAGCAAUUACAAUGCUUUCCUAUGGACGCUUGCGUGUUCUCACUGUGAUUUUCACAGUAAGAAUCAUGCAAGCGCCUCUGGCGGCUGUGAAUGAGACAGCCACUAGAGGAUUUGAGGGCUGGAUUAUCCCAUUUAUAAACAUAGCAGUUUCUCUGAAACUACUAUGUUUAGAAAAAAAAUGGGUUAACCCUAGCUGGACCUGGCACCCAGACCACUUCAUUAAGCUGAAGUGGUCUGGGUGCCUAUAGUGGUCCUUUAAAGAAAGCAAUGAAGAAAUAUUUAAAGAAAUAUUAGUAAAAAUGUGGUGGUCGUCUGACUGCCAAAAAGGUGGCCGCUGCAAAAAGGUUUGUCAAACUAAACUCCCAGACUUGUGGGUAACCGAAUAUAAAGUACAAAUAGAAUAGGCUCAAAACUACUGCAGAAACAAAACAAAAACAAAAAGACAAAGGGAAGUCUAAUAUAAAGUAAAACUUAACUUUUAAAAAUAGUUUAAAAGCUGAAAAUCAGGAAUAACUCAUACAUUUACCACAGUGAAACAAAUGGUAGUUGCUCAGACAGGGAAACAAAAAAAAAAAAAAAAAAAAAUCAGGGAAUAAAAAUCCCAACUAUUACAAAAAGAGUAAAAAGCACCUCAGCAGUUGAAAGACAAUAUCCUGAUGCUUGUAACCCUAAUAACCAGCCGGCACUGUGCAUACAUGGGGGGCAGAGUUCAGGGGGAACUCCAGGUGGCCAUACCAAAGUGCUUGAGAGAAAAGGCUAUUGCUAGUAGGAAAAAGGGGAUGUGAAAAUAAAUCCGUGGGAUCAGUGAAACAAAUAAUAAUUUUAUCAACUCUGGCUUCUUCAUCUGAUUGCACUGAAUAAUCUGGCUAUUAGAGAAAGAUUUGUGUGAAAAAAAGCUCUGAAGCUCUGAAGCUUCUAUUGUUGUUAACACUAUAUGCAAAGUAAUGGGGCAUGAUAAUUAAUGUUACAUUCUUAUGUGCAUACAGCACAGCUAUGCUUAGUUUUUUAUUGCUCCACACUAUAUGCUGAGAUCCCCUAUCCUACUUGCUGGUGACUAUAAAUUUAAAAAGAAAUACUUUAUAAUAAUUUUUAUUUUUUAUAUUAAAGUUUGGAGCUUCUCCCGUAGUUUGUAUUAAAGGAACACUCCAGGCACCCAGACCACUUCUGCCCUUUGGAGUGGUCUGGGUGCCAACUCCCACUACUCUUAACCCUGCAAGUGUAAUUAUUGCAGUUUUUUAUAAACUGCAAUAAUUACCUUGCAGGGUUAACGCCACCUCUAGUGGCUGUCAACUAGACAACCAAUAGAGGGCACAUCCAUGUCCCUAGCACAGGAAACCUGUGCUAGAGCGUCGCUGGACGUCCUCACGCUGUGUGAGGACGUCCAGCGUCAUUUCCCCUCCAGCGUCCAGCGUCGCUCAUUUCCCCUCAUUUCCAAUGCUUUCCUAUGGGGAGCUCUAAUGCGCAUGCGCAUUGCCGCGCAUGCGCAUUAGGUCUCCCCGGCCGGUGGGCGGGAUCAGUCUCGCCCACCGGCCGAUGCAAUCACUGGGAUGUACUUUUAUAUUGGUAUAAUAUGAGGAUUGGGUGUCAUAUUAGGCAAAGUAGAAUGCCCAAAGUAGAAUACCCACAAUGAUUCAAAUCAUGAUACAAAAAACUAUCUAGAGGUCAAACUCUUGUUGUGACUGUUCAUUUAAGGCCCCAAUAAGUAGAAUGCGGCUCAACACUCAGGUGUGAUUGAUAAUCUCUCAUCUGGAAUCAGAAGUUACACAAAAUGUGUAAUUAUAUGAACACAGAUCUCCUGCUCCACUCAGUUGUCAUAGAUCACAGUACAGAAAUCCUGGGCUCAGCUGACCCUUAUGUCCUUUUAUAAUGAGCCAUUGAUUUUUAAUAUUCAAGUUGUUUAUGUGUUAUUUUUCUUCCAUUGUGAACUUGGCAUUCCACCAUGCUUUUUGCAUUUCAGUGAAACCAUUAAAGCAAAAUACUGGUUAUUGUUACAGACCCUUUAAAAUCCUUUAAUUUACUAUAAAAUAAUUAUUUAAUCUCAAUGUGCUGUGUUAAGUAAAAACAUGCUGUAUAUUCAUGAUUCGCUGUGUCCUGUUUCUAAUACAUGUUGCAGCACUGUACAAUAAUCUCAUGAAUAUUGUAUCAUAAAUGUUGACGAUACCUUUACUUUCUUUUUCUUACCAGAAUGGGAAAUCGAAUUAAGGUGCAUCCAAAUGGCUCCCUCUUGAUUGAUUCUGUGACUGAAAAGGAUUCUGGUGACUAUUUAUGUGUAGCAAGAAAUAAAAUGGGUGAGGACUUAAUAUUAAUGAAAGUCAGUGUAACCAUGAAACCCGCAAAGAUCAUUCAAAAACAACACCUCAACAAGCAAGUACCUUAUGGGAAGGACUUCAAGGUGGAUUGCAAGGCAUCAGGCUUACCAUUGCCAGAAAUAACAUGGAGCUUACCUGAUGGCACAAUAUUAAAUAAUGUACUUCAAGCUGAUGAUAGCGGAAGGCGGAAACGCAGGUACGUCCUAUUUGAUAAUGGAACAUUAUAUCUCAACAAGGUAGGCAUGGCUGAGGAAGGAGAUUAUACGUGCUAUGCUGAAAACACAUUGGGGAAAGAUGAAAUGAAAGUACAUAUAAAGGUGGUAACAGCAGCCCCCCGCAUCCAGAUGAAUCACAAGACACUGUAUGCUGCCAGAGCAACAGAAAGUAUAGAUUUGCAUUGUGAGGCUAUUGGAGAACCCAAGCCAAAAAUAUUUUGGUUGCUUCCAUCAAGUGAUAUGAUAGCAACAUCUCAUGACAGAUAUGUGUUGUAUGAAAAUGGAUCUUUAACAAUAAAUCAACUCAUCUUAUUGGACGCAGGGGAAUAUAUGUGUGUGGCACGAAACCCUGCUGGAGAUGACACUAAACUUCUUAAGUUGGAUGUUCAGUCCAAACCGCCAAUUAUAAAUGGUUUAUAUACAAAUAAGACUAUUAUUAAGGAUACUGCCUUAAAGCACUCCAGAAAGCUAAUUAACUGCAGGGCAGAAGGUAAUCCACCUCUUCAAAUUAUGUGGAUCAUGCCAGAUAAUAUUUAUCUAACCGCCCCAUAUCAUGGGAGUCGGAUAAUUGUGCACAAGAAUGGUACAUUGGAAAUUCGGAAUGUACGACCCUCAGACACAGCAGAAUUCACCUGUGUUGCUCGUAAUGAUGGUGGUGAAAGUAUGUUAGUAGUGCAGCUGGAAGUAGUAGAUGUGCUUAGAAGGCCCAUGUUUAAAAAUCCAUUUAAUGAGAAAAUGAUAGCUAAGCCAGGCAAAAUGGCAAUACUGAAUUGUUUUGCAGAUGGAAACCCUGCUCCAGAAAUCUCAUGGCUUUUGCCAAAUGGCACACGAUUCAUAAGUGGGCAAAAGGUGUCUAAAUAUCAUGCAGGAAGCAAUGGAACCCUCAUUAUUUACAGCCCAACAAAAGAUGACACAGGAAAAUAUCGAUGUGGUGCCAGAAACAAAGUGGGCUACAUUGAGAAGCUCAUUAUUUUGGAAGUUGGCCAAAAGCCUACCAUUCUUACACAUCCUAGAGGACCCAUUAAGAAUAUAAUUGGAGAGACGUUGUCUUUACAUUGUCUUUCUGAUGGAAUACCUCGGCCUAGUGUAAUCUGGACACUUCCUAGUGGAUAUGUUGUAGACAGACCACAAGUCAAUGGGAAAUACGCAUUGCUUGAGAAUGGAACCUUAGUCAUUCAAGAAACAACAAUACAUGAUCGAGGGAAUUAUCUUUGUAAAGCCAAGAAUUAUGCAGGUGAGGCAUCUAUCAGUGUACCUGUCAUGGUUGUAGCUUACCCACCCAGGAUUACAAACAAACCACCACAAAACAUUCACACAAGAGUAGGAUCUGCUGUACACCUAAACUGUGCAGCUAUUGGCAUCCCAAAACCUGAGAUAACAUGGGAAUUACCAGAUUUAUCUUUAUUAUCUACAGCAAGCAAAGGACGCCCCUCAGGCACUGAACUACUCCAUCCGCAGGGCACAUUAGUUGUACAGAAUCCAAGACGCUCUGAUACUGGUAUGUACAAAUGUAUAGCUAAGAAUCCCCUUGGAACAGAUACCACAACAACAUACUUAAAAGUUAUCUGAGAGGAGAACAACUGAGAUUAAAAACACUAAGCUUUCACUCCAAUGUGUUUCAAACCAGCUGAAGGAAAAAAAACUAUUCAGAAUUUUGGUGUUUAAAAUUACAGACUUGCUAUGUUUGUACAAGAGACAUUUUUGCAUUCAUAGUUCAUCAUUAUUAAUAGUAACUAUGCAAGCUAAAGACUUCUAUUUUAGGCACUUUUUAUCCCAUUUAAAAGUAAUAAAACUGUGAAAAUAAAGGAUUCUAUUAUAUAAAAGAUAUAUAUUUCUAAAUUAAAACUAUAUGGUGGACAUUCCAUUCUUUUUUUUUUUUUUUUGCAUUAAUAUUUUUGUAACUGUUAGAUACCCUUACCAAAAAAGCAUAAAGCUAAAAAUCACAAACCUAAAAAAAAAUAAAAAAAAAAUAAAACAUUGAAGUAUUUGGUGGUUAUUUUCAAUAUUGCACUUAAACAUGGUUUAUUUGCUAUAUUUUUUUUUUUACAUUUCAUAAAAUAUAUGGUAAAUUAAAACGAAUGACAAAAACAACACAUGUAACAAUGUACGAUUAAUCAAACUGUUCAUUCACAUUUAUCCAGGUUUUUAAAAUACAAACGAGAGAAAGACCAUUUAGAAAUAAUGCUUAUAGCUUUAUUUACAUUCUGCAAAAAUAGCAGCUACACGAUGUUACAGGAGUCUGUGGUUAUUUAUUUGACUGACAGCAGAAAUUCCACAACAAUCAUACAAUUUGUUUUAAUGUCUUAAGUCUAAAUUUGUUUAUUUACUUAGCUGAUUGUUCUGGAUUUACAGGGGAACUGCAACAUGUGGAUUAGAAUGCAGAAACAUAUUUUUUUAAAUCUGUUAUUCUGCAGUUCUUUUGCCAAUUCACCACAAUUCACUAUUUAGCAAAUAAACUACAGAAACUGACAGUUUUAAAAAUCUAUUAUAGUAUUUGAAUGAAGUCUGUGUCAUUCUACAUAGGACGUGUAGAUUGACUAUAAUUUAAGUGAAUUGGUCACUGAAAAUUAUUUUGGGCACUAUAGCAGAAAACAAGAUCCCCACAAUGAGGUAAUGGAAUUGGUAACAAAUGCAUACAUUGUUGAAUACAUGUUUUUUAGAUUAUCCCCAGGCCGGUUCCAUAAUGCAUUUAUUUUCAGCAUAUCAUGAAAAUUAAGUAAUGUGCCAGCCAAGGUUCCAGAUGAUGCCACAUUAAAGUUUGCAAUUUCAUGCGAUAUUGCAAUUAGCAAAAACUAUUCCAUUUGUUGUUACAUGGGCAAACAAAUCUACUGCCAAAUCUAUUUAUUGGUUUUUGUUGGCAUUGCACUCCAUGUGAACUCUUUUAAAAGCAGUCUGUCAUUUAAGGAGGUAAAUUGUAUUAUUUAUUUAUUUUUUGUCAAGGACCAGAAAAUUCUAGUGUAAAUCUAAAAAGUACAUGCAUAUGUUUUAGAGAAAGAUCCACGAGGAAAUAGGGAUUCUAGCUGAUGGUUUGACUAUACAUCCAGUUGGGAGUCUAUAGUGCAUACUAACUGAACCUCAGUGUUCCUCUUAGUCUGCUGCUUGGUAUAAUCAGAAUUCAAAUGCAAGACAGAGCUAAGAGUACACUCCAAGGGACAUAACUACUACAGCUCUCUUUAGUCAUAAAGUUGCCUAGACUACCCUGGAGCAGUUCUUUGGUUUAAUGUCAAAACAUUUAGGAGAGGUUUGGCAUAAACUUGAGCUUUGUGACUGUCCCCUCGCUAGUCCAUAUUGAUAAAGUGGAAUUUUCCCUUUUACAAUAUCAUUGUCCGUAUUAUUGAACUUGGAUUGCAUUGAUAGGUUAACAGCUUUGAGCCAACAUACCUCCUGCCAAUCAUUACAUUUAGAUUUGAUGCAAUUGACAGUAAUAAUAUGUAAGUGUAAAGUUUGCAUUAUUAAUGAGGCAGAUGGGGGAGUGGUUAGAUGUGCAAGGCUCUGUUUAUGCAAAACAUUGUUUGGACAUUAAUCCAGUGGAUGGUGCCAGUUCCAUAAUGUGAACAUAAUAUGUUCUGCAAACUAUACUAGUUAUGUUGCUUUGCGUGUGUCUUUUAAACAUGGUCCUCCUUCACAGACCAUGUUUUCUGCUCCUUUAAAACAAAUUGUGAGUGUUUUGCCUUACCUAGUACUUACGUCAUUAACCUUAAAUGAAUGAUCAAAGUUUAGAUGCACAAGCAUUGACAGAGACAUCAUCCCAGUAGCUAUGUUUAGUCAACAGGAUGUUGAUGUGCCCAAAAUAUAGUUGAUAUUUAAAACCACAUAGCAAAAUAUUUAAGCAUAUGGAGCAUUUACAAGUGUAUUCAACUUUCACAUUCUAUCCACAAUUAGCAAAUUAGAGUAUUAACCAAUAAAAAGUAAUGUUGUAAGACCAUGUAUCUGUUUGGUAUGUUUAAAUUUAAUAAUUAGGGAAUCAGACUUGUAUUUGUAUCCAUUUUCUGAAAUCAACCAAGUAAUAUGGGAUUGCCAUAGUAGCUCUGAUUGUUCUUUAGCAAGUAUUUGUUGUUUCAUUGCAGAAAAGACAGGGAAUAUUUUGAAUAUCAAUGUAGGAAGGCAUAUAUAUUUUUUUAUAAAUUAUCUUAAGGGUGCAGCUCUUCAGAAAAAUAAAUAAAUAAUAACUCUAACUUACUAAUCACAAUUUGAUAACUGUGGAUUAAUAGGCAUACAUUUUUUUAUUUUUUUUUAACAAUGAUCAGGCACAUUAUUAUCUUAAAGUACUACCGCAAAAAUAACACACACAGAUGCUUAAUCCAAUGUAAAAGCAAUUAACUGUACAAUUUAUUUACAAAAAGAGAUCAUUUCAUUUUUUUAAGCUGUAAAAUGACAAACUGAUCACUCCUCACUCUAUCUGCAAUGGUUUAUUACACAUCUUACCUCAAUACUUCUAGCUUAUAUGACUAUGUCUAAACAAAAACAGCUAACUGAAAAUACAUCACACUCUGCACUCCAACAAACAUGCUCAUUCUUAUAUGAAUUAUCAACCUUACGUGUCAACGUGACUUCCCUAAACUAACACAGUGUCAACCUGUAAAUACAUAAGCACCAACAGACAUUUUGUCUUAGUACAUUCCUAGGAAGUUGAGAAAGUAGUUAAUGUAGAUUUGAUCUAUUAUUACAUUGGGAAAAAUUAUUGGAAUAAAUUUACAAUAAAAGGAAAUGUGAAAAUCUCUGAGCAUGGAAGGCAGCGUGUUCUUGGACUCUUCCCCUCUUGUCUCAUGAAAGGAUAUAGAUCAAUUUUGAUGAUAUAUAUGUAUGGAUUAAUUCUACUUUAAAAUGAGGGUCUGAAGCCUAUUUGUAUCAAAUUAAAAAAAAUAAACAUGUUGUGUAUCUCAAUGGUCAUCUUUUCUGCUUUUUUACAUUGUCAGCAUAUACUGUAUAAAAAAAAAAUGUCCGGGGCACUAACUAUUAGCCUCUUACAUGCAAGAGGGACAAAAUGUUCAAUGACAAGCAAAUGAAUCAAUGACAGAUAGUCCCUCUAACAAUCAAGGGGCCGCAUUAUCCCUGAGACAAGCAGAUUGUUAGAGACAAAGCAAUGACCUUAGCUGCCAUUUUUUAUGAUGUCUAAAUAACAUAGCAGGCAAAGUGUCUGCAAAUAAAGAAUCUCAUACUAACAGUCUAUUCGGUAACCAAAAUGUGCCUGUCCUAGUGUUGGUAGGUACUGGUUUUGUUUAUUUACCUGGAGAUUAACCAAAUAAUGUUCUUCUGCUUUCGCCAUAACAUAAAAGCAGUUACCCUAAACUAGAUUUCCAAAUCGAUAAUUUGCAUUUUAUGACCAAAGAUAUAUUUAUCAAUCAUGAAUAAAUUGCAAAUUACUCAUAGAAAUUAUUAGUAAAAAUGCCAGAGUUAAAUAUAUCUACAGUCACGGAACCCAAUCCAUUAACUAAAAAUGGCAUUGAUAAAGCUGAAAAAAUAAAUAGUUUAAAUAAAUUGCUUAAUUAUGCCACUAGCAUAAUGCUAAUAUUAACUAAACAUUGUAAAGAAAAUACUUAAAUAUUCAUUAUUAUAACAAAAAGCUUUAGAAAGUAUUUUAGAAAGUUACAGAAAACAGCUAGGAGUAGAAAAAAAAGUUUUACUUUCUAGCAAUAUAAACAUUUUAAAUAAGCCUACUUGGAGUUCAAACCAGAGUAUCGUACACUUUAGUGAUUUGGUCCAAUAUAUCUUUAUAAUUAAUCACACUUUCUUAUCAGCAGCAAAAGUCACAAUAUAAAAUAUUAAACAGAGACCUGUUUACCAUUAGGUCCACG